AAAUGAAUCGGAUACUCGAUCAAUGUUGAUUCGAUAGUUUUCUCAGUUAAUUCAUCAUCAUAGAGGUAUAACAUAAUUAUGAUGAGGAUUCUUAAUUACACGUGCAGUGACGAAAUAACUCAAUUUGCCUCGAAUAUAAUGUUUCAUGAUGUGCCGUUCUAGUUCAAACGAUUCGAUCCAUUUGGAACGCAGCUCGUAUUCAUUAACUGGUACAAUUUUUAUUAACCCUUUUAUCUUUCUUUUAUUUCUUUCAACGAAAUACGGAAAAAAUGUGGAUUAUAUCAGGAGUACGAACGAUACGCGAUGUUUAUAGAACAAUGUAGAAGGUACGCAGAUAUGAUUUUCGGAAAAUUCCAUGGGACCUUCGAUAUUUGGGUCAUUGGACGAACAGAAUCGUCACCAGCUUUGAUUUUUGCUAAAUUAUAAAUUCGUGGAGAGGUACUCCGCGUUGAUCGGUUGUUGUCGAUAUACGGUGUGUAUGAACCUAUAGAUCGAACGCGUGGAGAAUCGGUUACGAUACCGUUUUACCCUUUGAUACUUUCUUUCGAUUAUUAGUAAAGAACAUAUAUUUUUCACGGGAAAUCAAAGUGUGUUCUACGCGUUCACGGGAUCGCUUCGCGAAGCGAACGUGAUAUACUUGGAUAAACCGAAGCGGACACUGCGACUGCUGAUCGCUACAUGAAUUAUCGUAUCUUUUAUACGUAAAUAACAUGAACGUCGCUUUUAUUUGACAAAUUUUCUAAUGGAUUUUUGAUAGUAUUAUGCAAUCUCGCCAAUUUUUUUAUUAUUAAUUUUCAUUUAUUUCAUGACCGCUGAACAUUUUUGUCCGCCAAAGAUGUGGGUGCGAAUAAUGUAACCUUAGGGAUACGUGAAAGUGAUUGAAUUCCGAUGAAUUACACUCGGCCGUAGCGUACUACUCACAGUUCUAUGUUUUUCUUUUAUUAUUUAUUGAUAGAGAAAAGUUAUUACCUGUGAUUAGCACAUCAUUAAUGCAGAGUGUAGGUCAUGCAGAUUGUCUGCAGAGUAAUGUAAUGAAUAGCUGUGGGAACUCUAAUAUUAGCACAAAGCUACGUGGAUCCAAGUGUUCGGAGAUACAGGAAGAAUCCGUCAGUAAUAAUCGAGCUGGUGUAUUGGAGAAAGGAGAUGUUAACGUUUUAACUGGGUACAACUCGAAUGAUUUUAAUGCUCCAAGAGAUACUUUGGUCAUUUGUCAAAGAACCUCGAACUACCCAUCUGAUCAUAGCUUUUCCAGAUUUAAACCAAGAAUUGGUGCUCCACGAAAUGAAUUUCGAAUGGCUCGCGGAGGCAGCUCUGGAGAUCGUGCCAGAGGGGCAUUACGGGGUAGGGCUUUUAAGAAGACGUCUACCGAACGGGAUGCCAAUACGGAAACUAGCUACUAUCCCACAACCAGAUCAAAAUUUCAAGAAUCGCUGAAAAAUCAAGAAAAUGCCCAGGGGAAAUAUUACGAUGACAAAAGAAUAAAUGAAGAUUCUCGAAUUUCUAAGCUUUUGAGAAGGUUGUACAGAGAAGAUGAUUACGAUCAUUUUAUGACCCUAUGCAAACAAGCACAGGAAGGUAUAAUAGCGUCUGAAAAUCAGAGAUAUAUAAGACGAAAUUUAGACAUUAUCUGUGAAAGUCUGUUAGACGUAUUGUACACUGGUCCUGGACCCGAAGCGAAACAGCAAGUCGCGAAAUGUUUGGGUCGCGUUGGGUACGCGGCCGAACAAGAUUUCAAACGGUACAUGGAUUGGGUUUUCAAUAAAUGUUCGAUGGAACGAAAAGAUGAUAUAAAGUGCCUUCUGAUAAAAUCGUUCGUCGAAGCUUUCAAAUUGGACGCGGAAACUUCGAGGCUGAAAGAGUUCUCAGUGCUGAUGAUGUCGCAAUUGCAAUCGACUCUCGAGAAUGUCGAUCGGUCAGAUUUGCUGGUAGCAACGGUGGACGCAAUAUUAUUAAUAAUGGAAUCUUAUCCCGAGACAUUUUCAAAUCAUUUUCGUGACACCGUCGACAUACUGGUCGGUUGGCACAUCGAUUCGACUCAGCAGAAGGCAGUCGCAGCCUAUGCAAGCCGCAGUUUGCAGAGAUUGCGGUCUUUCUGGAUAGCGGAUUUACAGUUUACGUUGACGUUACUGGGUCAGUUCUUGGAAGACAUGGAGAGUUACGACGAGGAACUGUCUUUACCAGAAUCCGGUAGAAGUUCACCCGGCGAUGAGGCAUCUCCGACGCCCAGAGAGUGCAUCCGUCGCAUCGCGUCCCUGAUUUCGGUGUUCAACACAGUUACGAAAAGUAUAUCCGAGCAUUUGAAUCCCAAUCUGACGCCAAAUGUGCAAUGGUCAUUUUUAUCCGACUGCUUAUCGAAGAUGCUUAAGACGGUCGUCAAAGCGAUCGAAUUAGACGACGAUAACGAUAUCUGGCUUUCGAAUUAUUCUCUCACCACCGAGAACGCUGAUCUAUUAUUGAAACGCUUCAAAAACUUGGGGAUUGUUCCACCGAAGAAUUCCAUCAAAUCCGAACCAAACGAAGAAAAUAUUGUUCACAUGCUGAAGUCCUUGAAUUUGAAUAAAAAUGAACUUAAAACGUUGAGACAGAACAUUGAGAAGGAGACUUUGACGGAGGAAAGAGUGUUAAUGUUGAAUGCCGUGCGAUGGAUGGAAUUGAAAGGAAAGAAAGAUUUCGAUCUAGACGAGGAAAAAGAAGAACUCAUAAUUGUCGCGAACGAAUGCGCAUUCUUAUUACUAGGGCAUCUUCAGAGUCGCAUAACGAAGAACCAUGAAUUACUUUACAAGUUCAUCGAUCUUCAGUUGAAGAGAAUUAAUAGUUUUUGGGAUGACACAAUAAUUUCUAUGUUGAACACUAUUUCGAAAAUAAUAAAAGAGGUGUCCGCAAAUCUGCCUCUGGAACUAGUACACAAAUUGCUUGGGAAGGACUCUGCGUUACUCAAACUGAGAUUCCGCAAUUCGAUACCCAUCCAGAAUGCCAGUCUCGGGGUGUAUCAUAGUCUACUUAGUUUAAAGAAUAUCCCAUUGCUACAGGAAUCGUACCGCUACAUAUUGUCUGAUUUGGAGAUCGCUUAUAAGCUGAUCUUAGCAGAUAUCGAAAGUUUAGUGGCAGAUAAUCCGUUGAUAGACGAUAUUAAAUAUAAGACGAACGACACAGAGAUUGUAGUUACGUUUCUGCUAAGAGCUCUCUCUGACAUAGCGAACGCGAGUAACUCGAUCAUCGGUAUGUGGGCAUUAAAACCGAGCGUUUUGGAGCUGUUGGCAGUCAAGUUGAAACCUUACGACAUCAGUUUAUCAACAACUAGCCCGUUCUUGCAAUACAGCAUCUUGUAUUUGCUUUACGCGCAUUGCUCCAGAUAUAAUCAUUUUGUGCCGAGUUCGAGUUUAAUAACUGGAACUACCGCUUGUCGUCCGAUAGACAUGUUUCCAGCUGCGCUGGACGUUCCAACGACGUCGCCUACUAGUGGUCACCUCUCUAUCAUCCUGAACGUAAUAGCCAAAAGCUACAACGAACAUACACCGGAGCAGACGCUGCUGCUUCUGUCAACGUGGAUGCAGGAGAUUUACAUACAAUCGGAGAAUUACAUUGGCAUCUUGAGUAAAACGAAGGAAUACGAGAACGUCCUCGCGAGUCUUAUUUCCUGCGGAGCGUCCAUCGACCAAGACAUCUCUAUUGCCGUUUGCGAUCUCUUUGAAAUAUUGAUGAGCGCGAAGAACGUUACUUGGAAGGAAGAGAUUUAUGCGUCCAUCGUCGAUCUGGUGAUGCUGCAUCUGACCUCGCGGGAUGAGAUCGUGCGCGAGAAGUAUGGCUCGCUGUUGACUCGGGUACCCUUGAACAUCGUGAUACCGAAACUGAACAGGGAAUACUUACUGUCGGAAACGAAGAAAUAUCAGGGAAUGAAGAAUUAUUCGACCGAGUCUUUGAUCUUCGCUCAGAGACUGCACAUGCGGGGAAACAAUAACGGUGAAAUGCAAGCGCAGCACUUCAAGACUUACAUGGCUUUUCUGUUGCAAGAACAAUAUCUGGACGCGCCUGGAUUGUCUGAAAUAUUCACGUUGUGUUGGCCGAUCAUAUCCGAGAGCGAAACUACGAAAAAGAUGUAUCGUCUAGCUCUCGCGAAUCGAUCUUUUCUAUACUUCUGGGCUGGUUUCGAGGCGGCUCAGCAUUGCGUAACGAACAAGCUGCGUACUUCGUUAGGAAAGCCGCAGGAAACGUUUACCUCGAUCGAAAGUGCUUUGAAGACACUGGCACGUGAGAUAUCGUACAGCUGCGAGACGACGAAGAAAGAGAAACGGUGCUUGGAUCAUCAAUUAACCGAGCAUACCCGCGUGCGACUCUUCAUCGAAUUCCUCGAGCAUCUCGAGAGAGUUAUUCACAACGCUGCUGAAGGCUGCGCGAUAGCUUUGUUACCAUUAUCGAAGCCAGUCAGGACAUUUUUCCAUACGAAUAAAUCGACUUGUAAAGAAUGGUUGAAUCGUAUUCGGUUAGCGCUAUGCGUGGUAUCGUUGCAUUCUGGAUUGGCUACUAGCGCUUUGCGAAACAGUCAAAGGUUGUUGGAGGAUUUGAGUAACAGCGAUAAUACCCAGGGGAUCGAAUUCGAGAGAGCGACGUUGUGCACAGCGCAGGCGAUGGUGAUGUUGGGCGAAGCAGAGGCGCUUCAAGGUCUGUAUGUGUAUACUAAAGAGAGGGAGAGAAAAUUCUCGUGGCUGAAAGCUGCAAUGGAAGAAGCCGCGAAUCAUUACGAGUCCGCUGCGGAGGCUUACAAAUUGAUCAUCGAAGAACACAUGCGCCUCACCAAUAGUCGAGCGAAAGAUUUGGAGCAAGAAGAAGACGGCGAAGACGAGGGAGAUAGCAGUGCUGCGGCUGCAGCGGAAGCUUGCGAGGAACCUGUUUCCGAGGGAAAAUGCAAGAGCUUCAAGUCCGACGGUGACAACCAAGUGCUCUCAUUCUGUAUGCAACGACUCUGUUAUUGUUACGAAGCCGUCAGCGAUUGGUCUCAGUUAGAAUCCUGGAAACAGCAACAAGCCGAGAUCCUCGCUCCUUUCAGGAAGGAUUUGUUAACAGGAAGCAACGCUUCUCGACAAGCAAGAUGCUUGAGGAAAUUCGAGAAUAACGAGGACAUAUGCUUGGAUGAUUUGACGGAUUGGAAUUUGUUGAAUGGGAGAAAUGACAAGGCCGGUAACUGGAGUUGUUCGAAGAAGUUAGUGGAAUGCAGUAAUAGCUUAACUAACAUCGCGCUCAGACUUCAUGUGAACGAGUUCAAAGAUUACUUUGACGAUGAAAUCGAACGAUGUCGAAGGGUAGCAGCCAAAACUAUGGAGGAGGGCUUGAGGAACGUUCCUUCGGAAUACAUGAACGAGUCAAUAUUGGUACGGUUCUCGGCAGAUGGGUUAAAGAAUUUGCUCUCUGGUAAAGAGGAGAACGUAUUCGAGUUGUACAAGAGCGAGAAACUUGACCAAAUGAAUUCAAGCGUGCUGACGCGAACGUUGUGGUGGUCAGAGUAUUUCGGGAAAGCGAAAAAGGGCGAAGCUGAAUUGAAUAGCAACGAGGUAACCGAUUUGCGACUGCACAUCGUUCGCACCGCUAGGAAGGAGGGAAACUUUGAGUUAGCAAAACGCGAGCUCUUCAACUAUCUACGAUCAGAACGAGAAGUGUGUCGAUUUGAAAACCACAAGAAAGAUCACAUGAAUUUGGACUUGGACCAACUGACCGACGACGUUUUAAAAAAUAUAAUUCACGUCAAGUGGUCGAAGAACAACAUACGCGCCUUUCGCGAGUAUUCCAAAUUAUUAUACGACAUGGAAUGUACCGAUAGAGCCGUGAAGCUUUGUAGCGCGACCGCGCUAGGAAUAUCGCGAACCAUCGUCGACGGACAACAGUCAUCUGAUUUACGAGAGAACGGUACGAUUCUUCUCCUCACGCUUGGCAAGUGGAUGCAGCAGGAAGUGAGCAGCAACGAGAACGGUCAUUUGAAACAGUUGCUCGAAUUCGAAGCUGCCCAUAACGACGGCUUGAUGAACAAGCUGUUCGGACCAACUGCAGACUCUAUACCAGUCCCUGACAUGAUAAUCGGUAGACUGACACAGCUCGGCGUAAAUCAAUGUCCAGAUUUGCCGCUCGCUUGGUGCAGCUUCGCCAGUUGGUGUUACAAAUGGGGAAGAAAGAUCGUAGACAGUUCGAGCUCGGGUCAAUUAACUGACACAGAUAGAACGACCAUACGAGAUUUACUACCGUUCGAUACGAGCGAAUCUGACUUGAACGCAAUCUUCUCAAUUUUAUCUCAAAGCAAAAGUAUUCCUGAAGACGAAGGCGAGAUCGCGGAUACUUCUAACGAUGUGAACACCUCUGACAUGAUCGAGACUCAAUUACGAAGCGUACCUGUGCUCAAUCGUAUCAGUGCCGAUCGUCUCGGAUUACUGGUCGACAUUUGGAGACAAGCACAGAAAAGGAUUUAUUCGUAUUACGAACUUUCUGCAAACGCAUACUUUAAAUACCUACAAUUGGCUGCCAUCAAAGAAACUAACGAUUGUGCCACUAUCACAGCUACUUUGAGACUGCUACGAUUAGUCGUGAAGCAUGCUCUUGAAUUGCAAAAUGUUCUAGAAUCUGGGCUCUCCUCGACUCCUACAGCGCCGUGGAAAGAAAUUAUACCACAGUUAUUUUCUCGACUCAGCCAUCCCGAAUCUUACGUACGAACGCGAGUGUCCGAACUGCUGUGCAGAGUCGCGGAAAAUUCGCCACAUUUAAUAACGUUCCCGGCUGUAAUCGGAGCAGUCUCGGGACAGAAGAAGAAUUGUGACAAAGUCCUUUACGAAAAGACAGAAAGAGACGAUUCGUCGCAGAAUGAUUUAGACUUUAUCGAGGAAGAGGACGAAAUGGGUACUGACGGUUCUGGAGUUUAUCAGGAUGAACAGGACAAGUUUAUGGACUGUUGCUUCUCGCAAUUGGUAGACUGCCUGUCCAACAAAAUUCAGGAUUCCAUCGAGCAAGUCAAGAUACUCGUCAAAGAGCUGCGUCGAAUUACACUGCUGUGGGACGAACUCUGGCUAGCAACGCUGUGUCAACAUCAUACCGAGAUCUCCAAACGAUUCGAACAAUUGGAGAUGGAAGUGCAGAAGGUGCAGGACAACGCCUGGUUAAGCCCCGAAGAAAAGGAGAAACUGAUUGCGGAGAAACAUCGGAUCAUAUUGAAACCGAUAGUCUUCAUAUUGGAGAACCUCUCGGCCAUGACUUCAGUCCCGGCUGAGACACCGCACGAGAAGAACUUCCAGGAAAAAUUCGGUCCCUCGAUCGAAGAAGCGAUUAAUAAACUGAAUAAUCCGAAGAAUCCUGCGAAACCACAAAUCGCCAACACCUGUCUCAAGCAGUUGGAAAGCAAAUUGGCGCAACGUGUGCACAGACGUGCAGCGUAUUCUCUUUCUAUGAACGACAUCAGUCCGACUCUAGCGAGUCUGCGAAACACGUGCAUUGCCAUGCCGGGUGUGGCCGCGAAUGAUAAUAAAAUCGUGACGAUAGAAUCCGUGGAUAGUAACGUGCAAAUAUUACCAACUAAAACCAAACCGAAGAAGCUCGUGUUCCAUGGGUCCGACGGACAUGUUUAUACCUACUUGUUCAAAGGACUAGAGGACCUGCACCUGGACGAGAGAAUCAUGCAGUUUCUGAGCAUCUGCAACACUAUGAUGUCGAAGAAGGGUGAUUCGAAGAAAGUGUACAGAGCUCGUCAUUACUCGGUCAUACCUUUGGGUCCACGGUCCGGUCUGAUCCAGUGGGUGGACGGAGUAACGCCUCUAUUCGUGUUGUACAAGAGAUGGCAACAAAGAGAAAGCGCGAUGCUUAAUAAAACAGGAAGUUCAGCGGUGCUGAGACCCUCGGAAUUGUUCUAUAAUAAAUUAACACCGUUGUUGAAGGAACGCGGAAUCGGCUUGGAGAACAGGAAGGAGUGGCCCAUUCAAAUUUUGAAGCAAGUUUUAACGGAGUUGAUGGCAGAGACGCCUAAAGAUUUGUUGGCUAAAGAGAUUUGGUGCAACAGCAUAAACGCGGGAAGCUGGUGGCAAGCGACAAAAAAUUAUUCUUAUUCUGUAGCUGUAAUGUCGAUCAUUGGAUACAUCAUCGGUCUCGGUGAUAGACAUUUGGACAACGUGUUGGUCGAUCUCAACACGGGCGAGGUUGUUCACAUCGAUUACAACGUCUGUUUUGAAAAAGGCAAGACUCUACGCGUUCCAGAAAAAGUACCGUUCAGAAUGACCCCGAAUAUUAGAACAGCGUUGGGUGUAACCGGAGUCGAAGGGAUAUUCCGGUUAGCUUGCGAGCAUACGCUUCGUGUGAUGCGUCGAGGGCGAGAAACGUUGUUGACUUUGCUCGAAGCGUUCAUAUACGAUCCUUUGGUCGAUUGGCGAGCUGGUGCCGACAACAGUAUCGCGAGUUACGGAGCUUGCCAAGCCAGAGCCCGUUGCACAGGGAUCGGAAGGAAACAAUUGGAACAAGAAUUAACGCGAGCGAUGUUCGCCGUUCGGACCGCGGAAAUGCGUGCUGAAUGGUUGGCCAACAGGGAUGAACUAGUAAAAAUUUUUCCUUUGUUGUGUCAUCAUUUGACCUGUUGGGUGGAAGCGACCGAGGCCACGCGUCAGUGUCAAGAUCUAUUGCAAGACAGACAUCAGCAACUGGCUCUGGUUAAAGAGGCUCAAGCAAUGGGACGAAAUCAUCCGUUGUAUUCCGUGACGAAGCGAUACAAUUCCUUUAAGAGAGCGCGCGAUGCUCACGAGAAAGCGAAGACCGGGUUGAAGGAAAAGAUAGAAGAUUGCGAGAAGCAAAUUAAUUUGCAUAAUAUGGCACUCUCGGCGGUGAAAGGACCGCAGCUGGGACAGUGGUUGGCUGAACUGGGAACGUCCACGAGCCAGGACGAUCACGUUGUUUUUGAUCUCGUUAAAGAGUUCCUGCAGAACGCAGGACAGAGCCAGAUGAUUCUCCAGUGCGAGCAAUCGGAAAACGAGUUGACGCAAUUGGCUACGCAACAGUCUAUACUAAUACGAAAUUGUCUGGAUCUUUUGAGCCAGUAUUCAGCGAUCUGCAGCUUAUAUCCGUUGACUAACAUGUCGCAGCAUCGUACAGUGCUUUAUCACGGAUGGGCUAACAAGCUUCUGAAUUCUGGGAACGUCGAAGCCUGUCGCGAAGUGAUAAUCCAGUUCGAGAGCACUUUCGAUCCAAUCAAGAGUUCGAACAAUCAACAGGUGCAACAGAUAAUUGCAUUCUCUUAUCAGAUGCAAGCAAUUUUGAACGAAGCGAACGAAAGAUUGAAGAAGGCGUACGAAAGGAUAGUUGUCGAGGGUUUACCGGAAUCGGUUGGCAGGAUAGAGAAGACAUAUACCGAAUCCAGAGUACAGAUCCAGAGCUUUUUGCGACGGGAGAAGGGUGCGGAGAAAGCACUCGAAUGUGUUAACAUAACUGCGCUUUGUGCUUUGAAUAAAAGGUACCUGAUGAUGGAGGGUGCGGCUAAGUGCGCCGGUGAUUGUUUAGUAGAUCUUACGUCCAGGGAAGGGGACUGGUUCCUAGACGAGAUGCGUCUGAUGUCGUCGUUGAUCGCCGAAUUGAUCAGCUUGAUACCCGAAUGUCAUAAAACGAAUAACGAUCCUAAGAUAUCUCUCAUACUGAAAUGCUUAAGAAGAUCCGAUUGCAUUUAUAAAGGGUUGCAAGAAUUGAAUUACAAUUUCCAUACGAUUAUUUUGCCCGAGGCGAUGAAGACCGUUAUAACCGAGGAACCGACUGUGAUCAGGAUGAUUGCGGAAUUGACCGAAAUAAUCCUAUCUUCCGGUAUAUCACUGGGUGACAUCUUAGGACAGUUGGAGAUGCACCUUAGAUUCACCGUUAUGGAGAUGGAUAGUCCUCACGCGAUGAUACAGAACGUCGUGAAUAAUAUGAGAAUACGUUUCGAAGCGUUACUAUCGAGGCCUGCCGAGAUCCAGGAACCGAAUCAGGACGAAGCAUUGACGCCUGGGCAAAUGCUUCUAAUGGGUUUCAACGGACUGUUUGAAAAACUUCAGAUGGAAGGGAACAUUCUGAUUGCUACCUUGAACGCGUUGAAUAUUCCGCCGUCGUGGAGAAAGAUCGAUCAAAUCCGAGAAGCGAAAGAGAUGUCCGCUCCUAUAUUUAACAAGACGGCCUGCCAAGUUUUAGAGGAUAUAUUCUUGGUGAAACGUUUGCAUACUAUACAGGAAUUUUUCAUGAUGUGCACAGACAUCGCGACAGCGUUCAAGGGUGGUCUGGCUAACGUUUAUAACGACGAGCGGCUGAACAAGCCUAUAAGAAUUUUCACGGCGGAUUACGUUUCGAGACAGCUGCUCGGCGUUACUUCGCAGACACUGGCCAUCGCGCUUUGCUUUUUAUUACAAAGAAUGGGAUUGAGCGUCACUACUGAAAUCGAGCAAAGAGACAUUGGGGCUGAGAGCAAAGUUUCAUUAGAAGAAUUGUGCAGGAAGGUGGUCGAUCUCUGUUUAAAGAGAGGCCUUUUCACUACGUCCGUUCUCACUCAAGCUAGUGCGCUUAGCAGCACGCUCGAGAGUGCUUGGCGAAGGAAGCAGGGAGCCAAAUUCGCUCAACAGUGCGUCGAAGUAGCUAGAGCGAGUAUGCAGAGGCUUCAGCUUCAGCUGACUGCUCACCACUGGCUGCACGAAGAUAGUCUACUCAUGAGAUCGAACGUUAAUGUCAUGAAUCCCUUGAAUCGUUCUGGAUUUAUGCUCGAACUUCGGAAAACAGCCGCGGCACUGUCCACUCUACAGUCUCGAGUGUGCGAGGCGCGCGAGCAACAACAGAAUCUUGUGUCCAGCGCGGUGCAACGAUUGAAGUGGGCUGCCGGAGCGAAUCCAGCUCUAGGAGAAGUCAUGUCCGCGUUCGAUAACGCGGUACUUUCUUCGUGCGAAAAAUUGACAAGGCAGCAUAAUCUUGCGACCAACGUCAUCAACACUUGCAACUCUAUACUGCAUUACGAGGCUCUGAGGACCAGAACAUCCGAGAGUUUGACGCACGACACGAAUUUCGUUAAGCUGAUUAAACAUUGGGAGGAAAGCUGCCUCCUGACGAUAAAUUUGAACAUAACGGUGACGGGGAUCGAGGAGAGCCUCGUCGAGCUGUUGCAGAUGGACAGUAACGUCGACAUCAAUUGGUUGAAGCAGGCCGAGCGAUUUAUCUCCGAGGCGAUCUUGGACGUUCAGAAGAAAUUGCAGGAGAAGCAAGAAUGCUUGCUGUGCACUCAGGAACGUUUGAGAGAACAAGUGUCGAACUUGCAGAGCGUGCUAACCGAGCACCACAGAUUGAUGUCAGACGUGCGAAUCUUAUUACGAAGUAUGGUGAAACAAGAGAACAUCGAUGGCUUGCAAGAGUUUCUCGCUUCCUAUCGGGCUUUCACCGAAAGAAUAUCUACGAUUGUUAAAGAACUCGAAUCCGAUGGUCUAGAUGUGAGUAGGGGCAGAGCGAUUAAAGAGGAGCUGGAGAAUAUAUCGUCGACAGCACCGACUUUGUACAACGAAUUAUUAGAAUUCGCCAAUGAAAAGAGGACAUUCGAGAAACAGAAAGACAUGGACAAGGAUAAUGAAUGCCAAGUUGAAACAGGCUUGAUGAAAAAGAAAGGAAAGUUGAUGAGGCAAGAGGGUGUGUGUUACAGCCCGAGGAAAGGACCGCAGGCGCGAGAUCCGACUACGGGUAAAGCUGUGCAAGAGCGAAAUGCAUAUGCUCUGAACGUUUGGCAUCGCGUGCGCAUGAAGCUGGAGGGAUGCGACCCUCAUCCGACGCGCAAGUAUACAACGGCCGAGCAAGUUGAGUACGUGAUACGCGAGGCUCAGAGCACCGACAAUUUAGCCCUUCUGUACGAGGGUUGGACACCAUGGGUCUGAACGAAAGGGGAUUGACGCGACCGCGUCGAUGGUUCAAUGCUCGUUACACACGGUACUCGAGUACGUGCCGUUCUUCGCUCUACGCUCGACGGAGCUAGCUCUCUGCCCGACCAGGCGUGAAGUAAACAAUCUUCGUCGUCGCCUGGAAGAGAAAACGUUCAUGCUCGCGAGAAAAUGCCGUAUCAAACUCGGCAUGCGCGCAUUUGGCAUUCAAAGGAAAAUUCCUGCGCGAGCCGCGAUCGAAUUUCGAAUUCUCUGGCACCGUGGAUUAGAAAUAAUUAUUAUCGGACGAAUCCAUAUGCUGUUUGCGAAUGGUUCGAGUUUCAGUUUGGGAAUGUGAAAACGGGACCAAGAACGAGAUGACACUGCUGCCGGAAUCGCGUACAGUCACAGAGAUUCAUUGUCGAGGAUGCCAGAAGAAAAAAAAUCAAGUGUACUUUAUGUAUUUCCAUUCGCAACUCAGUACUACUUUCAAAUUUUCGUGAUCGGUGCUUUUACUUUUCUUUUUUGUCGUUCUAAAGUGGGAGUACAUAUUUUUCCGAAUUCUAAAUCGAUGAUUUUCUCCAGACCGUACAAAUCUCAGUGCAACUGAUGAAUUUUGUCUAAUGAGGUCAAUCACUGAUCACAGUAGCUGAAAAAAUAGAAUGCCAGGGAAAAGAUGAUUAUGCUUUAACGAGAGAAAAAAUUAUUUUCCGUAUGAAAGUUGACGUCUGGAAAUUCUGUUUUAUUCUUUUUUGUUUUUCUCGGAGGUAACGGGGAGGAAGAGAAGCUCGCAUGAAUAUUCAUGAUUAACAAGGCUUGUGCAGUACAUAAAAAGAUAUGAAAAAGAUGUAUUCCCUUCGGUUUAAUUACACUUUUCAGAAAUGAUCGUUUUUCUGUCUAGUACGCACCCGACUUCUUUCUCAUUCUGUCUUUCUCAAUUAAAUCAUAUUAUCUUGACCGUCUCCAUUAACUCAGGAAAUUAUACUCACUGAAAGUCCUUUGAUCCCGUUUCUCUUACUUUAAUCAAAAUUGUAAAACAUCGUUGUACCAAUGGAGACACGAAGCAAAUACACUUUUCAAUAAACGAAGGUAAUUCUUUUUUAAUAAA